AUUCUUACCCUAACACUAACCAAUCCCACUCCUCUUCCUAAACAUAACAAACCAAAGCAGGCAGCGAGUGCUAGCAAAUCAGAGGGGGAGUAGGGCGGGUCGUUCCUUCGCGGCUCGCCAUCCUAGCGGGAAAAAAAUCUCUGUUGUUGAUGUUGUCAAAUGUCGAACUAGUUUUCCGUCUUAAAAAAUGGCGACCAGAAUACUAAAGCGAACCGGCGUUUCACAUGACAUGUGUGAACAACUCAAACGACAUCAAAUAGAAACUUGCAAGGACCUGUUGUCUCUGUCAACCGUUGAAGUGAUGCAUGUUGCAGGGCUGAGCUACCACAAGGCCGCGGUGCUGCUGCUGUCAGUAAGCAGAGCCGUCGCACCGCCAGUCACGACGGCUCUGGAGCUGCGGAAGCAACAGUCCUGUUUCUCCACGUCGUUGCCUGCUCUGGAUACACUUCUGAGAGGAGGCCUUCCUCGUGGGACCAUCACCGAGGUCACAGGCCCCUCUGGCUGUGGGAAGACUCAGAUGUGUUUGAUGCUGAGUGUUGUGGCCACUCUGCCAAAGAGCGAGGGAGGCCUGGAGAGCAGUGUGAUCUACAUUGACACAGAGUCGGCUUUCUCUGCUGAGAGGCUGGUAGAGAUUGCUCAGAACCGGUUUCCAGACUACUUCAGCAGUAAGGAGAGAGUCCUGCAGAUGGCCGGACGGGUGCACCUCUUCAGGGAGCUCACCUGUCAAGAUGUCCUCAACAGGCUGGAUAGGUUAGAAGAGGACAUCAUCUCAACCGGAGCAGGUCUCAUUAUCCUGGACUCUGUGGCCUCAGUGGUGAGAAAGGAGUUUGACACAACGCUUCCUGGCAACCUGAUGCACCGCAGCAACUUGCUGGGUCACGAGGCCUCCACCCUGAAAUACCUGGCCCACCAGUUCAACAUACCUGUGGUACUCACCAACCAGAUCACAACUCAUGUGGGAUCUGAGGUGGAUUCCGGGUUUGUGACAGCAGCUCUUGGUAACACUUGGAGUCACAGUGUCAACACGCGUCUUAUUGUCCAGUAUGUGGACGCACACCAGAGACAGAUACUGAUAGCCAAAUCACCCGUGGCCCCGUUUGCUGUGCUGAACUACACCAUUGAGAAGCAGGGCAUCUGUAUGGAUGGAGAUGAUAGCCGGGAGAGUUUGUAUGAGGGCACAGAUCCAGGCCUCCAGCCAAUCAGGGUACAGGCUGGAUUCAACUACAACAUGAGCACAUCUACAGACUGCACUGACUAAACACAGCUUUUGUGUGUGUGUGUGUGUGUGUGUGUGUGUGUGUGUGUGUGUGUGUGUGUGUGUGUGUGUGUGUGUGUGUGUGUGUGUGUGUGUGUGUGUGUGUGUGUGUGUAUAGCUACUGUUUUAUUAAAGCCAAUGCAUAUUUCA